AUUCAGAAUGCUCUUCUCAGAAGCGGCGCCAGAAACUUCCAAGAAGGUGGGCAGAGAUGACGUGGCGAAAGCAGCAGACAACCUUGUGAAGCAAGCGGUUAAAGUGGGAAUCUUCUGGGCAAACUCUUCACCCCCAAAGGCAGCAGAGGCCGUUCCUCUCCUCUCCGAUUUCCACGACUCGGUGUUGGCGAGGAGUGGACUGUGCGUGUGUGGAGCAGCGGAAGGGGUGGUUCGGUGUCUCAUUUACCUUGUGGCCGCAUGGCCACAGCACCGGGACUCAUGGGGACAGCAGCAGCUGGCGCAAACACCACAACAACUACAGCAGGAGCAGGAGGAGGAGCGGGAACAACGAGAGCAGCAGCCUAAGAUCAACGAUGAUGAAAGCACACAUAUGGCUUCGUUUCUCGAAACAUUCGCAGUGGCCGACUGAAAGCUUUCGCCCUUGCCGGGGCUUGAGAGCUGAUGUGGCUUUUUCCUUCCUUGGAUGGCUGAGUUGACUCGCAGAGC